UACAUAAGGCGCAGUCUUGAGUACACCGCGCCCCCGUGAUCAUCCCUGCUGAAGACACUAGAGCCCGGUGUCUACAGCAAUAACACACCUUCCCCGCUGAACGAAGAUAUUGGGAUAAAACAGCCAGUUAAGCUGAUGUUUCUAACUUAAACAAAGGGGGAAGUCACUGGAAGAAAAGUGAACGAACAGCCGCUCGCUUCGACUCGCGUUAAAUGUGCGGCUGUCACGCAACAGCUAGCAGAUGAAGUUAGCUAGCUAGCUAACGUAUUACAGGAUCUUAUCAUCUGUAGCUGUAGAGGAAAGUGUCACUCAGUCCAAGUUCAUAUUUUACCCUCAAGUAAACAUGGCUCCUAAAAAGAGACCAGUGCCCUUAAACAUUGCUCCUGCUAGUGAUGGAUUAUCCACCUCCACCAAUACAGAGAUUACAUCUGAGGCCAAUUUAGAAGCGUUGAAGAAAAUACUGGAGGAGCUGGACCUGGAUGAACAGCAAAAGAAAAGAUUAGAAGCUUUCCUUACCCAGAAGGCCAAGGUUGGGGAGCUGAAAGAUGAUGACUUCCAUCGUAUCUGCGAGCUGGGUGCAGGCAACGGAGGAGUGGUCAACAAGGAGUGCCACAAACCUUCAGGCAUAAUCAUGGCCAGAAAACUCAUACAUUUAGAAAUAAAACCUGCAAUAAGAAACCAGAUCAUCAGAGAGCUCCAGGUACUACACGAGUGUAAUUCUCCCUACAUUGUGGGCUUCUAUGGAGCUUUUUACAGCGAUGGAGAAAUCAGCAUCUGCAUGGAACACAUGGAUGGUGGCUCUCUGGACCAGGUGAUGAAAGAAGCAAAGCGGAUUCCUGAAGAGAUUCUGGGCAAAGUCAGCAUUGCUGUUUUGAGAGGCCUUGCCUACCUAAGAGAAAAACAUCAAAUCAUGCAUAGAGAUGUGAAGCCCUCAAACAUCCUGGUAAACUCACGCGGGGAGAUCAAGCUGUGUGACUUCGGUGUGAGUGGGCAGCUCAUAGACUCGAUGGCCAAUUCCUUUGUUGGGACAAGAUCCUACAUGUCGCCUGAGAGAUUGCAGGGGACUCAUUACUCUGUGCAGUCUGAUGUGUGGAGUAUGGGCUUGUCCCUUGUAGAGCUGUCAGUUGGACGCUUUCCCAUCCCCCCUCCAGAUGCUAAGGAGCUGGAGGCCAUAUUUGGACGACCGAUCUUGGAUGAUGCACAGGGAGAGACCCACAGCACAUCCCCUAGACCCAGACCUCCGGGUAGACCUGUUAGUGGCCACGGUCCAGUAAUGGCUAUCUUUGAACUACUAGACUACAUUGUCAAUGAGCCACCACCUAAACUACCCCAUGGAGUAUUCACCCCUGAUUUUCAGGAUUUUGUGACCAAGUGUCUCAUCAAAAAUCCAGCAGACAGGGCUGACUUAAAAAUGUUAAUGAACCACACGUUUAUCAAGCGGUCUGAGGCAGAGGAGGUGGAUUUCGCUGGGUGGCUUUGUAAAACAAUGGAACUGAACCAACCCAGCACUCCCACACGCACUACAGAUUGAGCUACGUAUAUUCACUCAGACAUUAUGUAAAAACAUGAAGAAGCUGCUGCCUAAAACUGUACAUUCAGAUAUACUGUAUUACACCUUGUGUGACACAUCCUCCCUCAGGUGGAUCCGUAAAAGCUUCAUCUUCAAAUCAGCUCUAUUGAUAUUUUAUCACGUAAUUCACAUCCCAGGAUAGAUACUUAAACAACACACACAAAUGAUUGUUGGAAAUGUUGACAGCAUAGAUUAUUACAGGUUUAUUCGGUUCAGGAUUUUGACUCAUUAAGCCACAUAUCUGCGCCACUGCUGCACUAAUAUUAUUAUUAUUUUUUUUUUUUCCCCCAGUAGCUUUCUGACAUACAGCUGAUUGUACACAUACUGUAUAGAAUUGUAAAAGACUUACUUGGAAAGGUUCAUAAAACAGAACAAAAGAAAUAACCAAUAUUUGUAAUUUCAUCCCCAGCCCCCCUAAAUCCAAUGCAGUUUUCCAGCUUUCUUGUCUGAAAUUUUCUGAAGUGCUCUGAGGCUUACGCUGUUUUCACACAUGCACUGGAAAAUGUUGAAAGAAUCCGGUGUGGAUACUCACCCAGUUGCUCUGGGUAACAUGCGGCUCCGCUGGGUAAUGUCCAAUUAAGGGCUGCAGUGGAUGUUUGAAAACAGCAUUACAGUACAAGUAUGUCAAUCCCAGUUAUUACAAUCAUGGUUAGGCUUUGUGUGUCUGCAGAAAAAUAUACUUAUGAGUUUCUUUAUGUCUGUUAUGCAAAUACACUGAAAAAUGUAAGGAUUAGCUUAUUUUACUGAACAGGUUGCGUGCAUCUGAGAUGUUUCUGAAGUUUCUUGCUUUUCUUAACAUGGCAGAUUUCUACAAAUUUUGAGAUGUCUUGAGGUGAAGCACAAUGUUUCAUGCUUUACAGCAUGACCCUCUUGUCAAAGCCAAAAAUAAUUAAAAAAAAAAGUUUUUACAAACGUUAAAAA